AUGUAUUCACCCUCGGGCGGCCAUACUCCGCCGCCACUGAACUCGGCACGGCUCAAGGCUCGCCUGCGUGACGGAGUGCCGGCGUUUGGCGUCUGGCUGAGUAUUCCCAGCCCAGUCACUGCUCGUAUGGUGGCUGCGCAGGGAUUCGACUGGGCGUGCAUUGAUAUGGAGCAUUCGCCAUUGAAUCCCACGCUCAUGGCCGAAAUGGUUGCCGCUGUAGCCAGCACCGGGACAUGUGCGCCGAUCGUGCGGGUCCCGUCCCACUCGCCCGAGUACUUCAAGUGGGCAUUGGAUGCCGGCGCCCACGGGGUGAUCGUGCCCAUGGUGAACACUCGCGACGAGAUGAUCAAGGUCAUUGGCCACUGCAAGUACCCGCCCGAGGGCCGGCGCUCAUACGGUGCGUUUUAUGCGCCGCAGUCAUUCGGCAUUCGUGGUCCUGGUGCCAUGGGCGAAUAUGCCGAGCGCGCAAACCAUGAUAUUCUGGUGAUUCCGCAGAUUGAGAGCGCCGAAGCAGUUAGCAAUGUUGCCGAUAUUCUGUCGGUCAGCGGCAUAGAUGCGAUAUUUGUCGGGCCGUUUGAUAUGCAGGCGUCUCUGGGCAUCCAGAGACCGGUGGAGGACUCGUAUGAUUCGCGGUUCUUGGCAGCGCAGUCGGCAGUCAUACAGGCAGCCGAGGCGCGCAAUAUCCCACGUGGCAUCUACACGUCGUCGGGAGCUGCAGCCAGAUCAAAGCUGGGAUCGCGCUACACUCUGCUGGUCGCUGCUAACGACCUGUCGUGCCUGAUGAGGUCGACUUCUGAGAACCUUGGCCGCGCCAAGAGCGACCCGCGGGCAUAUCGCUAG